AUUUCCAUGAUAAGUUUAAGAUUGUUAAUGUGAAUGACAAACAAAACCACCACAAGCUUUUGUUUUUCUAGAUGAGCUUCAGGCUUCAAAUAUAAAAUAUUUUUCUCAAAGGUGAGAUUUAUGAAAGGGUGAACAAAAUUGCUGGACGGAGGCUGAAGAAGAUUUUAGCGGGAGAAGAUCCAAGCUCCACUCAAAUAUUUCUUCCAAGUCUGAAUCUUUUGGCCCCUAAUAUUCCAAAUUCGGAGACUUCAGAUCUCGGGUAUACCAUUGUGAUCCGGAAGUAUUGUUUUUUGUUUUGCUCUGAACACUGUUUUCCCGGAAACAAUAAGUGAAGGAAGGGCGCAAUUGGGGUUUGGAGAAAGUUGGGAGAUGAGGCUGUGUGUAUGCGCGACACGCACCGGUUCCUUCGUUCAUCUAUUAUUAAAAAAAUAGAAAUAUUGAUUAACAACAUUUGAGAUAAGGUUUUGUUACUUUGCCUAUGGUCUGAAAUGGAUUGUGGCCACAGGUUUCAAGGUAAGUGAUUUUUGUUCUCUCACUCACUCUACAAUCCACAUAGGUGUAACGAAACAUGUUGAAGUCCAUUGUGGGUUGCUGCAAGGUAUACAUAUCAGAGAGCAGAAACCGGAGUGCAUUGGAAUCAAUAGAACGAGCUUCCAAGCUCUACCCUUUGGCUCCCAUAAUCAACAAGUUCCAAGAUGUGGCCUACAACAGAGUUGGUUACACUCUUGUCUCUCAAUUGGGUCCUUCAGGGCCAUGCCACUUGGCAAAUGCUGUGUUGGCAAUGGUCAGGGCUGCAUUUGACACCAUUGACUUUGAGGUGCACUCUGGAACUCAUCCUCGCCUUGGUGUUGUGGACCACAUAUGUUUUCACCCCUUGCUUGGUGCUUCCUUGGAUCAAGCAGCUACCAUUGCUAGGUGUUUAGCCACAGACAUGGGUUCUAGUCUUCAAGUUCCCACUUAUCUAUAUGGAGCAGCACAUGAAGAGGGGAGGACACUUGAUUCAAUCAGAAGAAUAUUUGGUUAUUUUAAACCAAAUUCUAGUGAAAACCAGUGGAUUGGGGGCCUAAAAUCAGACACUUUGCCACUGAAUCCUGAUAGUGGUCCUUCUCAAGUUACUCCAGCCAAAGGUGUUGUGGUCAUUGGAGCAACUAACUGGGUUGAUAACUACAAUGUCCCUCUAUUAUCUUCUGAUAUUAGUGUUGUUCGGAGAAUUGCAAAACGGGUCAGUGGAAGAGGUGAUGGACUUCCUUCUAUACAGGCCAUGGCACUUGCACAUGGUGAGGGUGUCAUUGAAGUAGCAUGUAAUUUGUUGGAUCCAAAUAAAGUUGGUGGUGAAAGAGUACAACAAGAAGUUGAGAGCCUUGCAAGGGAACAAGGUAUUUCUGUGGGAAAGGGAUACUACACAGACUUUUCACAGGAUCAAAUAGUUUCAAGUUACUUGAAGUUGUUUCAAGAGAGAAGUUGAGGUUUAGAGUUUAUGGUUUAGGUUACAAACCAAUUCGAUUAGGAAUACAAGAUGGGGCAAAAUUCUUGUAGUUUAUAUAUAUUUGAUGUAACCUAAUUCUUAUUAAUAAUAAUAGAAAUAUAAUUGUU